CAACAAUAAUACACCGUCCAAAAAAAAGAAAUUACAAUAACACGUUUCGUAUCGUUUUUCGUUUUGCCCUUUGUUCAAGCCAACUUCGUUCUCUAUUUCUCUGUUCACAAACAAAUAAAAGUAUAAAACUCUUAUUUUCCCUUCUUCCGUCACACUUUCCUGCUUUUCGAUCCUUCUAGCCACCAUGAUUCCAGUUAGUGUAAAAUGGCAAAAGGAGCUUUUCAAAGAUGUAGAAAUUGAUACUACCCAGCCUCCUUAUGUUUUUAAGUGCCAAUUGUAUGAUCUAACUGGGGUACCUCCUGAAAGACAAAAAAUUAUGGUCAAGGGUGGUCUGUUAAAGGAUGAUGCUGAUUGGUCAACAUUAGGAGUGAAAGAGGGACAAAAGUUAAUGAUGAUGGGUACAGCAGAUGAAAUUAUUAAGUCUCCAGAGAAGGGAACUGUUUUUGUUGAAGAUCUUCCUGAAGAAGAACAAGUAGUUGCUGUUGGACAUACUGCUGGCCUUUUCAAUUUGGGAAAUACCUGUUAUAUGAACUCAACAUUACAAUGUCUCCAUUCUGUGCCAGAGUUGAAGUCAGCUUUGAUUCAGUACUCACAUUCAGGAAGGAACAAUGAUGUUGACCAGUCUUCUCAUCUGUUGACAGUUGCUACCCGUGACUUAUUCAAUGAGCUUGAUAAAAGUGUCAAGCCUGUGGCGCCAAUGCAAUUUUGGAUGUUAUUGAGGAAGAAGUACCCUCAAUUUGGCCAGCUGCAUAAUGGAGUGUUCAUGCAACAGGAUGCUGAAGAAUGUUGGACACAACUUCUAUAUACACUUUCUCAGUCUCUAAGAUCUAAUGGAUCUAGUGAAAAUGCUGAUGCUGUGAAGGCUCUUUUUGGCAUAGAACUUAUUAGCAGGAUUCAUUGCCAAGAGAGUAACGAAGAAAGCUCAGAAACAGAAUCUGUUUAUUCACUUAAAUGCCACAUAUCUCAGGAGGUGAACCAUUUGCAUGAAGGAAUAAAACAUGGAUUAAAAUCAGAAUUGGAGAAAGCUUCCCCUGCUUUGGGCCGUAGUGCUAUCUACUUGAAGGAAUCACGCAUCAAUGCCUUGCCAAGGUAUUUGACAGUUCAGUUUGUCCGUUUUUUCUGGAAGAGAGAGUCCAACCAAAAGGCCAAGAUUUUGCGGAAAGUGGAUUAUCCUUUGGAGUUGGAUGUUUAUGACUUUUGUUCUGAUGAUCUUCGCAAAAAGUUGGAAGCCCCAAGAAAGCUCCUAAGAGAUGAGGAAGGAAAAAAGCUUGGUCUGAAAGGCAGUGAGAAAAGCUCAGUUCAAAAGGAUAACGAUGAAAAAAUGGCAGAUGCAGAGGGAUCUUCAAAUGGAGGAGGCGAGCCAUCUGUAGCUCCAAUGGAAGAGGGUGAAAAAGCAGCGGAGAUGACUGGAAUAUAUGAUUUGGUUGCCGUAUUGACCCACAAGGGUAGAAGUGCUGAUUCGGGACAUUAUGUUGGUUGGGUCAAGCAAGAAAAUGGGAAGUGGAUAGAGUUUGAUGAUGACAACCCCAAACCCAGAAUAGAAGACGACAUCACUAGACUAUCUGGAGGAGGUGAUUGGCACAUGGCUUACAUAAUCAUGUACAAGGCUCGUGUUGUAUCUGUUUAAUUGUUCGGAGAAAGAGUCCAUUUCCUGUCUUUUGUGAGAUUCAAGGAUUGGUGUAAAAGGAUGGUAUACGGUUGUUUAUAUUUAAGAUUCAAGGAUUGUGUAAAAGAAUGGUCUCCUGUUCUUUGCUUGUAUUUUACCCAUGAGGUUGAUAUUAGUUAGUAUUUUUUACUUGUUUGAAUUAGCUAUUGUAUUUUUAAUUAUUUAUUUUUAAAAUGGAUAUAUAAGGAUUUGAACCGAAA